UCUCGUCUUCGCCCUCGCCAAAAGCCCAAAACCCUCCCAGCAAACACCCGUCGCCCCGCCCCCUAACCCCGCUCUCAAAACCCUCUUCGUCGAGCUCGUCUCCGGGCAACCAUGGCCACCGUCGCCAGGUCCAUCCUCCGAGGCGCCGCCCCCGCCGUGAGAUCCGCCGCCCCCUCCAUCUUCUCCGGCGGCGGCGGCGCCGCUCUCCGCCGUCUCCCCAAGCUAAGGCCAUCGCCUCCUCCUCGCCUCCUCAGGUCUCCGGCGGAGAGCAGCUUCUGCGUGGAGUCGCUCCUGCCGCUGCACAGCGCCACCGCCGCAGCCGUGAUGACCUCGAUGCUCUCCGUCUCCCGCUCCGACUACGGCUUGCUCUCCAAAGGACAAGAUGAAACUAGAUGAAGGUCGAGCCAGAAAGCAGCUGGAAACGAUGGCGUAUAAUGCAAAUUCUGUUUGUUCCGACCAUGAAAUUAAGAACAAUGAGAAAACCUGCCGUUCUUAAGAUGCUGAUUAGCUUAGCGAGAGCUACAAGGAAAAACUGACUCCAUUUUUCAUCACUCUU